AUGUCCUGCAGCUUUGAGCGGCUUCAAGUGUUGGAGACGGAGCGUUGCAAAUGGAAGGAGGAGCGACGAGUCCUGCUGGAGAAACACGAAAAGGAGCGCAUCCAGAUACACGAGGCUGCAGUGAAGGAAGCAGAGCGGCAAGCAUCAGAGUCCUUGCGGCUUGCAUCCAAGGAGCACAACACAAAACUGCAAGAACAAGCAGCCAAUCUGGCGUGCCUGCAGAAGCAAGCAGCCAAGCAUCAGCUGAAGCUUUUAGCCAAGGAUGCCCAGCUUGCAGACAUGCAGAGUCGGCUGGAUGCAAUCACAGCACAGCUGGAGGCGAUGCAGCAUGCAGCAAAGUCAUCAGCAGAAUCGCAGCAGGCGCUUGCUGCAAAAGAUGCUCAGAUUGCAGAGCUGGACAGCAAGGUGGAAGCUGCGUUGAGCUACCGGAAGAAGUGUGUGUCACUGACAGAAGAGCGCAAGCAGUUGCGUGAUCAGCUUCAGAGCCUGGGCGGCAGGCCUCUCAGCCUGAGCAAGCUCGAGACAGGCCCUUCACCUAUCGCCAGUCCCAUUGUGUCAGGCAGUGCAGAGGAGCACCAGAGUGCAGCCAACGAGCGACUUUGGGCAGCAGAGGCGAGGGCAAAGGCGGCAGAGGUAGACAGGGAUGACUUGAAGAUAUGGGUGGAGAACAUGAAGAGAUAUGUGGAGAAGAAGAAAAGGAAGCACCUAGAGGAGGAGCAUAAUUCUGAUUGGGAACCAAAUGUCAGCCCAGAAGCUGCACCCACUUCGCAGCUGCAUGCUGAGGGGAGAGUGCAGGAUGACAAGGCUGUGCAGCCGGACAGCAGUGGCCAGAGAACAGCCUUUGUUGCUCCCGAUGAUGUUGCAGCCGCGUCAGAGUUGCCGUCCACGGUACUAGCGCUGUACACCUCACUGAUUCUCGCUAAGUCGGUGGCAGACAGCGGCGGUGCAGGCGGGGGAUUGCCCAAGCGGCAGAGGACGGAGGGCGUGCUGCAGGACGCUGACAUGAACACCCUGGUCCCCAGCCAGAACUCAACAGAGGCCCAGCAGACCGUGCGCGCCUGCCAUCCAGACGCUGACGAGGCUGCAGAGGCGUACCUCAGCGUCACCCAGCUCACCGUGGACACAAGGCAGAGGCAGCAAGCUGACAGGGACAGCCAGGACAACAGCGAGAACAUCGACUGCACGCCUCAGUCCAGGAGGUCCCAACAGUGCGCCCCUGCACCUGCGCAGAGAGCUUCAGAGCCUGCAGAUGCGAUGGAGCCGGCAGAAGCAGUGCAGGGGGACGAAUGCGCAGCGUCGGGCUCGCCAGCCUGGCAGCAGAAGAGCAGGGAGAAGCAGGCCAGCGCCAAAGAGCAGCGCAGCGCGGCGGUUGGGCAGAGGGAGAUGUCGCUGCAUCUGAGCCAGCCGCAGCCGCCGGCGCCGCGCGAAGCCGCAGCGGCGCCUCCGGAGCCGGCCGGCCGGCCCAACCCGUUCAGCCGCGCAGCGCAGCAUGCGCGCGCGGCUGGGUACAAGUACAAAGAGACAGUGAGGAAGAAGGCUGAGCGGGAGGAGCUGACUGGGGUGGAGUGCGUGGACUGCAAGAAUUUUUAUGCAGCCAUUGAGACCUGGGGCGCAGUCGGCGACCUGCCUGCCUGUGGGCACGCUGUCCGAGGAGGGGCACAGCUCGGUGGCGGAGCGGAUGGACGCGGCAACGGAGCGGGCGGCCCGGCCCGUGAGCAGCUGCGGCAGGACGCGUCGCGACACCGCUACCGUUAUGAGCCGCCCGCCACUCCAGCCGGGUUCUGGGACCUUGGCUUCAUGGACUCCUUGGACUCCAGGGUGCAGCCGCAGAACUAUGGGAGAAAGGAGGACGAGGCCCGCAGCUAA